AUGUAUAGCAUCACAAUGCCUCCAGCAGUCUCUCCCCCGGAACGAUAUCUCAUCAAAAAGUCCACUCCUUAUGUCCCAAAUUCGCCAUUUCCUGUCCUUAUAUACCGAUCGGCUCUUCCUCCCAACCCCGAUGUCAAAUCUACUUGUGAAACCAUCGUACCCAAUAAUUGGCUCAAUGGAGGCGUCUUCAGCCAUUACCCGGCCCAUCAUUUUCACUCUGUGACCAACGAAUGCUAUGCCAUCUUCAAAGGGCAUAGUCAACUACUUCUUGGUCGAGGGCCAUUGGAUCCAGAAUCCGCGGAUGAUACAUUAGUUGAAUUGAGGGCGAGAGAUGUCAUUGUUAUACCCGCCGGCGUGGCGCAUUGCAAUAUCAAAAGUAGUGAGGAUUACGGAUACGUUGGAUUGUACCCGAAGGUAAGACUCAGUCUUUAUUUGCCCCACAUAUGCUACCAAGCAUUAUGCGAAACAUCUCGCGGAUGUGGAGAGAGGUUGCAUAUCAUAACACCACGUUAGUGUAGCGAGACUGACUCUCAUCCAGGGAAGUCCACACUACGAUAACAACUUCUGCAAAGCCGACACGGAGGAAACACUGGAAAAGACAAAAAAUGCCAGAGCAGUACCGAUACCCGAUUCCGAUCCGAUAUACGGUUUAGGAGGAAUAUUGGUAGAUAUUUGGAAGGAAGCCGGUUCAUCGCGUUGAGACUUGGGAAUUUCGAUUCCGGAUUAGGGUAGUUAUGAUUAAUAUCUUUUCUCCCAAUAGAAGCGCCUUCAAGCUUUGAUUUCGUAGUGUCCAGCUUUUUCUUGAGGGUACGGUGAGUUACGAGUUUAUGGUCAGCAAAUCCGGGUUUCCAGAGUGCCUCCCUGUGGGAUAUCUAGGUAGGUAACUUUGGUGGUCUCGUAUGGUUACUGCAGAGCAUUUCCUACUAAGUCCACGGGGUUUUCAGAUAUGUCUUCGAGGAAUUAGAAAAGGUUACGCAAUAACAAAUUCGUUUUGGUGUAUCAGAGUUUGGUCAGAUUUGAGGUAUCUCAUCCAACCCCUCCUUCUCGUUCCAUGAUGACUACUCAAUCUCCUCUAGGUCAAUUCAUUCAUCAUCAUCCAGUCAAGAAACCCCAAACACAGCAAAACCCCCUUCUCAUCAAAGCUCGUCUGUAAAGGGGGAAGCCCGAUUCCCGCAGUAUUUCUUGCACGAAGUCAUUCCUCCUUACACCGUCGCAGAAUAUAUCGGACGUCCCACCAAUAGUCCAACGUUGCGGGUUCAACAGGCAUACUGAAGUCUCGAUCCCACAUCAUCCCAUCCUACAGACGACCUCACUUAGCAAUUUCGUAAUCCCCCGAAAGGCUACGCCCAAAUCGAAUGUAGGGCUUCGAUCCAAUCUCCUUCAUUCGAAAUUAUUCUCUGGCAACGCACGCAGUGGAGGAUACUUGUUGUCUGGUAACGCGGGCAGUGCAAGAUACUUGAGUUUUCAUUGGACAGGCCGAGGACUUGCGCGCGAUUCUGGUGGAAUCUGCGCUCGAGCCGGGCGGUUUCUUUGCGGGCGAUGGCGGGUUGUAGUUUGGAGAUGCUACGGAGGCGAGGGCAUGUCAGGGAGAGGAGGCAGGCGUGAGCGGGGUUUAGGUGUGAGUAGACCAUUCGGAGGACUUCUGCGGGGAGAGUGGCGAGGUUGACGGGCUCUUUGAGCGAGUUGGCUUUGUGGGUUAGAGUUGU